AUGGCCCGUACAGUCGUAGGCUCGGCGGUGGUAGUCCGCGAAAAGUACUACUGGCCCGACUCGAUCCUCAACAUCUGGUUCAUCGUCAUGCUAGCAGCCACGGGCACCAUUCUAGGCGUCAACGCACAAUUCAUGAUGAUCCAAAGCCAAAUGAGAUUGGGAACGCCGUGGAUCAUGCCGUACGGCGUCUCGGUCGGGGUCAUCGCUCUCAUCUUCUUCGCCAUCAUGAUGGCUCUUAUUUCCCAGCGACGCCUUCUUCCCGGCGUCGUGAUGCUGUUCUCGUUUAUUCUGCUUGUGCUGUUCAUUGCCGGCGUCGUGGGGACGGCUAUGCAGCUUUUUGGCGGGAACAAUGUGAAUAAUCAGUGUAACCGGUUUGUGGGCAAUAUGAAGCAGUAUGGGGCAAAUGUGAAUACGUUGGCUUGGUUGCAGCAGCAGAAUAUCUGUCAAUGCUGGCAAGCCGUCUUUGCGUUUUACAUUGUGGGAUCUGUCUUCCUGGUCUGGAUGAUGUUCAUCGCGUUCAACGUCAAUCGGAACCAGUACGAGUGAAACGGGAGAAGAAGACGGUAGUUGCGCUCCGUCUCUCUUUGCUUCUUCAUCUUCUCUCCAUCAUCCGUUUGCCGCAAGCGAUCUUUUUUCUUCUUCUUUUCUUUCUCUUUAUAACGUACAUGUAUAUACCCCCUAGUACAAUUUUACGAAUGCGCUGUUUUUCUUUCU